UCCAUGUGUCAGAAAAUUCCUUCUCUCCUUAAGAUUACACUCACACUCACAAUCACAGUCACACCUAAACAACAUCGAUCAUGUCCUCCAAAAAUAGUAGAAUCCAUCAUCACAACAACAAUGUUGUAGAAGACCACAACCAUGACUCACUAAUAUACCAAACAUACCCUUGCGGAUACUAUGUCCAGAGUCCCUCCACUCAAAACGACGCCGAAUCGACCUUUCACUCUCCAAUCCGGUCCGAAACCAACCCAACAAACGAAUACGACCCGGCAGGCCGCUUCGCCCUCUGUCGCUACUCCUCCAGAGGAUCCAGCCAUUCUUUCUUGCACCACAAGAAAGUGUCUUAUGAUAGUAGCCACGACACGGUCGCCACCGGGGACGUUAACCGGUUGGUUAUUAUAGAUGGCCCCGGCGGCCACGAGGACGAGGAGGAGGAAGAGGAAGAGAGAGGAUUGUUUUACCAUGAGUAUUAUGAUGGGGCGAUGAAAAAGAAAGGAGGGUGGGAGAGGUACUUUUCUUAUAAGAACUCGGAUUCAUGGGCGUGGAUUUCGUUGCAGAUGAGUUGGAGGGUUUUGGUGAGUCUGGGAGUUGCAUUGCUUGUGUUCUAUAUUGCUACAAAACCUCCUUCGCCCAAUGUCUCCCUUGAGAUCGCAAAGAUUCCAGAGUUUAAGCUUACGGAAGGAGUGGAUAGGACUGGCGUGACAACAAAGAUCCUGAACUGCAAUUGUUCCAUGAAUUUAAUCAUAGAGAAUAAAUCCAGGUUCUUUCGUCUCCACAUUCUUCCUCCAAUCAUGGACAUGAAGUUUUCUAUCUUACCCUUUGCGUCCUCUCGUGGACCAGAGCUCUAUGCGGAGAGUGGAUUAACAAUCUUCGCAUUACAAUUGGGAACGAAGAACAAGCCCAUGUAUGGUGCAGGAAGAAGCAUGCAGGAUAUGUUAGAUUCUGGAAGAGGAUUACCAAUAAUAAUACGUGUCAGCAUGACGUCAUCUUUCAAAGUGGUUCCCAACCUCAUCAAUCCCAAGUUCCGUCACCAUCUUGACUGUGUGGUUCUUCUCAACAAGGCUUAUGAUAAGAAACACCGAACCCAAGUGUUUCAUAGCACCUGCAAAUUAAAGUAACUUAAGUGAUUAUCAAACCAUGGGUCGUUAGUUCAAAUCAAAGAAUUAUGCAAUUUUGGAGAUGUGAAUUGUGUGAAGUACUAGAGUUACGUACGGAAGAUUAUGUUAGUGACAAAGCUACAUAAAAGAAUGUUACUAAUGUCAAAUGUAUCCGUAGAAAAGAAAAAAAAAUAGAAAAAUUAUAUUUGAAGGACUUGAUUUGUUUAGCAUAUUUUUUGGGUGUCUCAUGUUUUU